CCAAUGGCAACAUUUCAUUCAAGUUUCAAAUUGUGUUAUGGUUGAAAGUUGGUGUGUGCGGCAAAAUUAAGUAUUUCUUGAAAUUAACCCCGAACUGAAUUUAAAUCUCAGACAUGAAAAUCGAAGAAGUAAAAAGCACUGCAAAAACCCAAAGAAUAUCUGCUCAUAGCCACAUUAAAGGAUUGGGCUUGGAUGAGAAUGGCGUACCGAUUCAGAUGGCAGCCGGGCUCGUGGGCCAAGAAUCUGCAAGAGAGGCUGCUGGUAUAGUUGUAGACAUGAUCAGAAGCAAAAAGAUGGCAGGCCGUGCUUUAUUACUGGCGGGCCCACCUGGCACAGGAAAGACUGCCAUAGCUCUGGCUAUAGCUCAGGAACUUGGCACUAAAGUGCCCUUCUGCCCAAUGGUUGGCAGUGAAGUGUACAGUACGGAAAUCAAAAAGACAGAAGUGCUGAUGGAAAAUUUUCGCCGCGCCAUCGGAUUACGUAUACGUGAGACGAAAGAAGUUUAUGAAGGAGAAGUUACGGAGUUAACACCGGUUGAGACUGAAAGUCCAGCUGGAGGUUAUGGUAAAACUGUAUCACAUGUCAUUAUUGGUUUGAAGACUGCAAAAGGCACGAAACAGUUAAAAUUGGACCCCACAAUCUAUGAGUCAUUACAGAAAGAGAAAGUUGAAGUUGGUGAUGUGAUUUACAUAGAAGCCAAUUCGGGUGCUGUGAAACGUCAAGGCAGAAGUGACACAUUCGCCACUGAGUUUGAUCUUGAAGCUGAAGAAUAUGUUCCUUUGCCUAAAGGUGAUGUACACAAAAAGAAAGAGGUAGUACAGGAUGUAACAUUACAUGAUUUAGACUGUGCUAAUGCGAGACCCCAAGGUGGGCAUGACAUUAUGUCCAUGAUGGGGCAACUCAUGAAGCCUAAGAAAACUGAAAUUACUGAUAAAUUAAGAAAAGAAAUUAAUAAAGUAGUUAACAAGUAUAUUGACCAGGGUAUAGCAGAGUUGGUGCCUGGAGUACUUUUUAUUGAUGAGGUUCAUAUGUUGGAUAUUGAAACUUUCACAUACCUUCAUCGUGCGUUGGAGUCUGCGAUCGCUCCUAUUGUCAUAUUCGCUACCAACAGAGGGCGCUGUCAAAUAAGAGGCACUGAAGACAUAAUUUCUCCUCACGGUAUUCCAUUAGAUCUACUCGACAGAUUGCUGAUCAUUCGUACAUUGCCUUAUAACAAGGCAGAAUUAUUGCAGAUUUUAAAACUGCGUGCUACCACUGAAGGUAUUUCUAUUGAAGAUGAAGCUCUAAGUGCUCUUGCUGAAGUUGGUGUAAAUACUACACUAAGGUACGCGGCGCAGCUGCUGACGCCGGCGGCGCUGGCGGCGCGCGCGGAGGGCGCGGCGGGCGCGGGCGGCGCGGGCGCGGGGGGCGCGCCGCGCAUCGCGCCGCCGCACGUGGCCGCCGUGCACCAACUCUUCCUCGACGCCAAGGCCUCCGCGCGCAUCCUCACGCAGCACGAGGACAAGUACAUGAAGUGAAACACCGACACUUACCGACACCUACCGACAACGGCCGACACCUGCUGGACGCGGCUCACUAAACAUUAUCAAAUCUAUAUAGAUCUUCACAUUAUAUUAUUUUUUCGUAACUUAUCACUCAUGUAAGACCUUGAAUAGUAUAUAACCAAUGUCAACAACAUCAAGUAAAUCUCGUUACAGUUACCGCUGAUCAUCAUCAUUAAAAGUUCUCCAUAAAUCGAGCAACAUUAAAAUUUUAUUAAUUCGUAGUAUACACACAAAUAACAAUUAAUUUCUGAAUGCGUUAUUAAAAAACUUACUGUAGUUCCUUGUGUGUUAUGAAUAUAAUACAUAGAUUAUAAGACUAUUACAUUAUGUAAUCCACUACAGCUUUCGAAGUAUGUCUUGAAUUAUAGUGCUUCAUCCAAAAUAGAUGCCAUAUAUUGUGCCUAAAGUUCUUCCUAAUUAUCCAUAUUGAUGCCUUCGCAACAAAAAUAUAGUUCAAGUAGAUAACAAAAUAUUGUUAAAAGUUGUAAAAGUUCUAAGGUGCUCGACAUUGGAGCCUUAUGUAAUGAAGUAUCAGUAAGACAUAUUAUAUAUCUUCAAAUAUAUGUGAUAUAUUUAGAUACAAUAAUUAAGUUACUUUUUAAUUGAGCAAUUAGGGUGUUAAUCUAUAUUUUAAGUUUCCGAUAGAAGUGGAUGAAUGAUUUUGUUGCUAUUAUUGAGUGAUAAUUUUUGUGUUAAUUAAGGAUUAGUGAUAAUGAUACACAGUACAUAAUAAAUAAUUUUCAUGUUUUAAAAAAA